CCACGCCCGUUGUAGGGGGACUUCCCGAUUCACAUGCUUUGACAUCCUGGACGAACGCACUCAAGCCUUACGACCACCACGACGACAACGCCCAAAACGGAGCUCAGGCGCAUUCGUUGUAAGUGAAGCGUCGCACGAGCAGUGAUCCUUGUAGCGCAGCAGUUCUGCAAGUUGCAAACCACCCGGCUAACGGAUCACGCAGGGCAGCUGGAAGAAUCGCACCGAGUUGAAAGAGGAACAUACACAAUGUCUUGGCAAACGUACGUAGACACGAACCUGCUUGGCAGCGGCCGCGUGUCGCACGCGGCGAUCCUCGGGCUCAAGGGCGGGGUUUGGGCAACAUCGUCCGGCUUUGCACUGACGCCAGAAGAACAAAGGACGAUUGUCAGCACGUUUGACGCGCCGGACACGGCGCAGGCGAACGGGAUCAGGGCCGCCGGUCGCAAGUACUUCUGCCUCAAGGCCGAUGGGAGGAGCGUGUACGGGAAACAAGGGGCUGACGGAAUCGUCUGCGUCAAGACCGCACAAUGUGUUCUGGUCUGCGUUUACCUCAGUCCCAUCGUACCCGGCGAAGCGAACAAAGUCGUUGAAUCACUCGGCGACUACCUCAUCUCCGCAGGCUUCUAAGGUGGAGUCCUUAAAGACGUCCUGCUGUCCGCCACGUGUGUAAUAGAAGCAGCAGAAGCGAAAGUAAAUGCGUCUUGGUUUCAGAGCCAGAGAAAGCGGAAAAAAAAGAAUCCAUGUGACGUGGGCAUGUUGACGCACAUGAGCUUCGAAUGAAGAUUAUGCGUGAA